GACUGGAAUCUCAACACACUUGUAUGUUUUACUGCUGUCCUGGUGUCAUAUUUAAUAAACAAUUAAAAAGUUAAUACAGCUAGAUAGCAUAUUUAUCCGAUAAAGAUAUGAGUUUGGAUACUCUGUUUCAACAAAUUCUACUAACUGAACAGCAAAUAUCGGAGAAAACGCGACAAUCUCAAGAGGUCAAGGCUGCUAUUGCAAGAUGUGAAGACAGGGUCAAGUCAUUGACAGCAAAAUCAGAAUGUCUCUCCAAGGAACUUGAUGAACAGGCUCAGCAUCUAUCAGAGACAAAGCUGCAGUAUGACCUAAUGAAAAAGCAUCAAGUACAAGUUGAAAAGCAGGCAGGGGAGCUUCUGAGACAGCAGAGGGAUCUCAGGAAACACUUGGAGAAAAUAAAGAAGUCGUUGAAGGAGGAACAGGAGAAUUUCAUGAAAGAAAUCAUGACUUUCAACAGCGACUUUAGCCUUUUGAAUAACAGGGAGACUGUGUUUGAGAGCCAAACCCAAUCUGAGAUACGUAACUUGGGGGAGGAGGUUAGCUCUUUAAACAAAGAGAUGGAUUCCAUGGGCCGGACGAAUACUCAGAUGAAGUCUAUGCAAGAAGAAAAGAGAGGUCUCCAUUUGGAGCUACAAGGACUGGAACAUAUUAUGAAAGACCUGGAGAACCAGCUGAGUGAGGCUAAAUCAAUGACCGAGUCCUUAAGUGCAGAGAGUCUGAUGGUCACCCAGAAGCCGCUCACAGACAGCACUUGCUUAAGACUUAAAAAGGAGCUGGAGAUGCACAAAGAAGGAGAGCUGGAGCUGCUGAGAGAAGCCCUUAGCUCUGAAAUCCUGUUCCUGCAAUCGAAACUGUCUCAGAAGACUCCACAAUACUCAAGGAAAUUCACAUAGUGUCCAAAUUCCAGAGGUACAGAAGCAGUGUUCAACCUCAAAACCGCCAGUGUCAGUGAUAUUUCUUGAAAUGUCAUUUUGAAUGUAUAGAAAAUAUAGUAUGACUUACUUUUACACCACCUACACAAUUCCAAUGUGAUCCCUGGCUAUACAUUUCAUUGAAUGUCAUUAAUGUCCAUAGAGAGAGAAGACUAUUAAAACUGUAAAUGUUUGCAGAUUGCUUGUUGUAUUCUUUGCUGCCCUCUAGGGGCCAUUUUGCACCACACAUGGUGGCCAUCCAGGAUGUUCUUGUUCAUGUAGUACUC